AUGAGCAAAGAAAAUGAUUUAUCACCAACUUCGAGCAAUUCUAAUAUCAAUGAAGCAAUUGACAUCUCAAAAUUGAAUCCACAAGAGUUGAAGCUAUAUAAGUUGUACGGAAAGCUCCCUUCUAAGAAAGAUUUGUUUAAACACAAGCUGCACGAAAGAAGGUACUUCGAUAGUGGCGACUAUGCGUUGAGUAAAGCUGGAGUAAGGUCGGACGAUCUGCAGCAAAACUCUGCAGACGACAGCCACCUACCCGUGACAAAUCCGAGCGGGCUCAGAGAGAGUAUAAUAAAAAGGAGGCUAAGUAGCAGCGCAGGGAGCAUGGAUGCUAAAGAGAUUCGCAGACAGGGUAGUAUAUCAAGUGGUCCACCACCGAGAUCACCCAUUAAAUAG